AUGUUUAAGACGACUAGAGGAACAACUCCGAGCUACACUGGAAACACAACGUGGAUAUAUGACGACAGUGAUGUGGUGGAAAACCUCAAAUGUUGGCGCAAGGCUACAGUGACACGCGCCAAUAACCCCACCAUUAAAUUGGAUUCAGAGGAUGUUUUAGACUUGAACCGCUGGAAGUACUACCAAGAGGUUCCAAUAGUGGAGCACACAGCGGUUAUAGCAAAUGAAGAGGAAGAUCGUGAGCUUGAAGCUGAUACUGACAUUCCCGAGGAUGAUUCACUGAUUGCCCCUGGGUCAUAUUUGGGAGGAAUCUCAACGUUAUCGGUUGAAUGA